AUGUCGGCCACCAACACAAGUCCAAUUUUCGGCAAUUUUCAAAGACCCUUUCCGAUCAGCCAAGAAGCUGCGACACGCGUGGCCUUAAAGAACCUUGUUUCCCUUCUACAUCCCCCUAAUGCCACACUUCAGAAUCUGGAUGCAACAAAACCCCAAGGCUUCCAAGCAGCUUCUUGCGGUAGUGGUCAAGGCCAACCAGGUGACGACCUUCGUGGUCAACGGCUAGGGCCCCACCAACCAACGGAGAUACAAAACAUCGCCCCAGACACCGGCAGUGAUUGCGAUAAUGGAAAUGCGUCCACCUUAAAAGGGGUAGCGUGGCCUGCACCUGAAGAAACCACCCUCGCCUACCAUGAUUCUUCGCAGGGCAGAGAGAUGGUGGCUGCUCUGCGAAUGAGAUUUGAUGCCCCCACAAGUGCGACAGCUGGCAGUGAAUCUCCAAAACCGCUGGAAUCCCCCAUUCCUCGGUGGCCAGGCACCGGUAAAGACAAAAGCGGUUUCUUUGAGACAGUUGAAGUUAAAACUGAGCUGUCUGAGGUACCUCUGGAAGCCCUACAAUACACUGAACGGCUCCAAAACACACAAAGUGUAGCCCUUGUGACCUCGCACCAGGUGGUCGAAAGCGCCAUUGAGGGGCUCUCGGGCUCUGAUGCCGACGCCUCACUCCCCACAAAUGCGGAUGGGGAACCUGAUAUGAAUGAUGAGGCUCUUGAGAGGCUUGUUGCUGAAAGUGGACUCCAUAUGGACGAACUACUGUCCGGUGUAAUGGAGCCGGAGGCGUUCACUACCUCAGAAUCAUCUCAACCAAGUGUAGCUCAGAGAGUUCAUGGAGAUAUUGGAGACCUUGUGGGCCAUGGCUCCGAAGAGUCAAUGUCACUAGACCAGAUUAAUGCACUUCUUGGAUACUUGACGGAAAACAUGGACCUCGGCGAACCCGUCAACACUAGCUCGCCUCAUUCCACCAAUCUAGUCUCUCACGACCAGGUCGCGGACCCCACACAAGAUACCAUCGCAGCACCCACCAACAAUUGGCGUAACCGCCAAUACCCCUCAACACCAUCAGCCAACACCAUCUCCCGCGGAACAAAGCGAUGCUCGCCAGACGACUCCUCUUCCCUACCCAAACGGAUCUGCAAGCCUCCCCAGAGCCCCAUUGCUCUCACUCAACUUCAAGCGAUCCUUCAAUCUUCAGAUCAUAGUCAACCUAUCUCGCGCCAUCAUGUCAGCUCCUCCUAUGCCUCCAGCUUCGGUAAUAGCGAAAAUAUGAAUAAGCGCCUGAUGAAGCCGCCCCCAUACCGCCCUGCCUCCAAAUCACCAUCUAUUGGCAUCACUACUGGUCCCGGAUCCGCGGCGACCAUUCAUGCAAAGUCAAAUGAGCAUGAGAAGAAGGUCAAGUCUAUGGGAUUCCCUCCUCUAAUGGCUGGGAUGAAGCCUAAAUAA